GCUCAGUUGAACUUUAGCAAUUUUUGGGCAGAAGCAAAAAUGGCUGCAAGGCAUUUUAGUCUUCUUCUUCUAGCACUACUCAUACUAUAUGAUUUAAUUCCUGGUAAUCAAGGCGUGGAAAUUAAUCCUACGAUCAUAAAGCAGGUGAGAAAACUGCGAAUACGAUGUUUAAAUCAGACAGGAGCUUCUGUAGAGAUGAUUGACAAGUCGGUGAAAAAUAGAAUACUACCCACAGAUCCUGAGAUCAAGUGCUUUCUCUACUGCAUGUUUGAUAUGUUCGGAUUGAUUGAUUCACAAAACAUCAUGCACUUGGAAGCUCUGUUGGAGGUUUUACCCGAGGAAAUACACAAAACUAUUAACGGAUUGGUCGAUUCGUGUGGAACUCAGAAGGGAAAAGAUGGCUGUGAAACCGCUUAUGAAACCGUCAAGUGCUACAUCGCUGUAAACGGAAAAUUCAUAUGGGAAGAGAUAAUAGUGCUUAUUGGGUAGUGAUAACCAACCUGAAUAUAUCCCGAUCCACGAUUCCCAAGAGCAGCAAACAGCGCAGGAUGCGCAGUGCCUCGAUCUGAACGCGCACCAUCUGGACCUACCAAAGAGACCACCAUCAAUAAAA